UGACACUGCUUACAUCGAUUGUCAGAAACGCACCGAUAGCUAUUUAGUAACACUUAAGUUUGAAUAGGCUAUCACCUAAUAGUCCGCACGUGGCCAUUGUGACUGUAUGGUUGGUAGCAACCCUGUCCCGUCGGAGGGUUUCAAGAUGGUAAAUUGGCCGAUAACUUCGCUAUUUGCUUAAGUCACGUGUGGCUGUUAGCGAUUUACGCAUAGGAUCAAAAAGUGGUACCGCGGAGCGAUUGUGGUCACAGGUGGCACGUGCAAUCAUGUGAAAAUCUGUUCAAAUCGCAACCGUUUCAAUUACCUUCCUCUAGUCAUUUUGUAUGUGAUGGAAUAGUGUUUAAGCAGUGAAUCAUAUCUAUAGUAAAUUGUGUCAGCAUGUUCUCGAUGGAUACGUUCGAUUUUGAGGCCGUUAUGAGCCGACAUCUAUUCGAUGGGCCGUCGAUUCAGCAUCACCACCAUCAUCAUUUGCAGACGGCAAAUGUGGACUCCACGACGUCCAACAGCUCGGAUUACUUUCUCGCGGAUGACGAGAACACGACCGACAGCGACUCGUUCUGUGGUUUUAACAGUGAUCAGGAGAAUAACGACGGUAUCAAAGAGAUCUACGCCACACGAUCGUCGAAGUAUCGACGUCCCAAAUGCGCUUCCCAGCAGGCACAGCAGCGUCAGGCGGCUAACCUUCGCGAACGUCGACGAAUGCAGAGUAUCAACGAAGCGUUCGAAGGACUCCGUACGCACAUCCCAACCCUUCCGUACGAAAAGCGCCUGAGUAAGGUGGACACACUGAAGCUGGCCAUCAGCUACAUCUCCUUUCUGGGGGAAAUGCUUCGGAAGGACAAAAACGGCAACGAACCGGGUGUCAACGGAAUGAAACGAGCACCCGUUAAGGAACCACCGAAAAAGUUUAUUGUUCGCGGUGGCAGCGGCCAAGUUCACUCCCUCUCGUGGCAUCGGAAAGGUGAUCGUAGUGCUGAUGGACGCUAUUUCGCACGGAUCUGGCGCCCGGAAGAUCCUCGCAGCAAUCAACGGAACAUCGCAGCUGGCCCUUCGGCAUACACUAAUGGACUGGCUUAGGAUUCCAAGUGGCAUUUUGGAAUUUCAUUUAUUUAUAGAUUUAGCAGUUCAAACGAUGAAUCAUUAUUCAUGGAAAAUGAUGAAUGUUUGAAACAAUUCUAGUCGUUUCAUUAGAUCUCAGUACUAAACGUUGAAGCAUUGUAAAUAAAUUUCUUUUACCGAAA